AUGCUUAGAGGCUGGAAAGCGUUUUUGCUGACUUUCGGCGUGGCUCUCCUGGCUGUCCUCGGCAUCCUCUCGUCGAAGAAGCACUCGCUGUGGCCGUCCCCGCCGGUGACCCGUGAGCCGCAGCGGGACGUGUUCUUCCUGAAGACGCACAAGACGGCCGGUUCGUCGGUGCUCAACCUGCUGCUUCGGAGAGCCGACAGCGAGGGCCUCAACCUGGCGCUCCCUAAGGACGCCAGUAGCCACAUGAUGGGCUAUCCGCGGUCCUUCUCGCCGCAAGAGCACAUGCUCAACUACUCGCAGUGCGGGCUGCGGCCCAAUCUCAUGGCGCUGCACAUGAGAUUCAACGAGACCGGGGUCAAGGAGGUGAUGCCCCCCGACACCAUGUACGUGACGAUACUGCGACGGCCGACGGACGCGUUCGCCUCGCUCUUCUACUACUUCGAGCUCCACAACAUUUAUGACGCCAACCUGACUGCCUUUCUCAAACAGCCAUUCUUCGUACAGACGGUGCGCGAUUCCCGUCUGCAUGGGUCACUGGGCUUCAACCAGAUGGCGUUCGACCUCGGCGUCGACGGCGACGACAUGGCGGACCGCGGCAGCAUCGACGAAAUCUCCCGGUUCGUGCAGUCCGUCGACCGGUGCUUCCAGCUCGUCAUGAUCGCCGAGCGGUUCACCGAGUCGCUUGUGCUGCUGCGCGAUCUGCUCGGAUGGCAGCUGGACGACGUGGUCACCUUCAAGCACAACGUGCGCCUCCACCGAUACCCGACGCUUGACGAAGAAGCCGUCAGUAUCCUGGAGAAGGCGAACCGCGUGGACGAGGCACUGUACAGACACUUCGCGGCCAAACUGGAUCGCCAGAUAGAGGAGUUCGGCCGCGGCCGAAUGGAGGCCGAGGCGGCUGCGCUGGAGAGUCGCACUGCGUUCUGGUAUCGGCGGUGCGUCGACUCGGUCAGGGUGUCCAAGGUGGCCGUGAUCGAGUACUCGCCGCUCACGAACGUCUCCAAGAUCGAGCAGCGCAUGUGCAGGCUCCUGACCACGCCCGAACAGGCGCUUGUGAAAAAGGCUCGCCAGCGACUUUUCGCGCUCUGUCCGCAGGUGUCGCCACCUACGACCACCACGGCGACGCCGGAGCACAGGCCCAGAUAA